AUGGGCUCCUUUUCCAAGUUCGCCUGCCUCCUGGCAGUGGCGGCAGCCGGCGCAGCUCAGGGCCUCGUCGACCAGAGCACCGCUGCUCCCGCCACGUCUAUCGAGCCCAUCUCGCCGACAGAGCUCCCCACAAGCGUCCUCGAGCCCAUAGGCAUUUCGUCUUCCGCUAGCUCAUCGACCGGCACAUCGAUCACCCCCACGGCGACGUCCACCCCCGCGCCGCACACGCCCAGCGCCAACAUCACGUCCAUCAGCUUCUCGGGCAACGGGUGUCCGCAGGGGACGCACAUGCAGGUCACGGGCGACCUGAUCUCGGGCCUGCAGUUCACGGUGCCCAACUUCACCGUGGCCAGCCGCUCCGACUUUGACCCGCGGAAGCGGACCGCCAACUGCCAGGCGCACCUGAACAUCGGCGUCGGCGAGAAGGGGUGGCAGAUCAGCCCGGACCUGAUUGGCUACCGCGGCUUCUCGGUGCUGGACAGCAGCGGCACCCGUGUCGACUUUUACGUUACCAGCUAUUGGAGCCACGACGCCGCUGUUACCGAAUCUACCAAGACCACCAUUUCCAACCCCGAUGGGAGGCGGCUUGCCAAGUUCGUCGACACGGCUGUCCGGCACGAGCUCUGGUCGGCGUGCGCCGGCAAGAAUGGCGGCUCGGUGGGCCUUCUGAACAUUAACUUCCGUGCAAGCGUCGUGAGCACCGACACCGCUGCCCUGGCGUACUUCGGUCCGCUCGAGGUGCUGGGCCGCCCGGAGGCUGAGGUCUCCCAGACCAUCACAUACAAAUUGCGCCAGUGCCAGUCAUAA